AUGGAAGAGUCGCAAGGAAAACGUAGAAUUGGGUAUAAUGCAUGGAGCGCGAAAGAAAGCUCUACAUUGUUAGAACUUAUGGUUGAUGCCGCCAAUCGUGGAUGGUGUAAUACCAAUGGGGUUCUAAGUAAACAAGUGGUUGAGAAAAAAAUACUUCCUGCUCUAAAUGAAAAGCUUGGAUGUCAGAAGAACUAUGCUAUGUACCAAAGUCGAUUGAGUUGGUUCAAGCAACAAUAUCACAAAUACUCUGAACUUAUGCGGUAUAGCUCUGGUUUUGGAUGGGACCUAAUCACAAAAAAGUUCAUAGCUAGUGAUGAAGUGUGGGAUAAUUACUUCGAGUCCCAUCCAAAACAGAGGCACCUUCGUACCGACACCUUUCCUGACUAUGAAGACUUAAGAAUAGCAAUUGACAAUGUUACUGCUACAGGGAGAAACUCAAUUAGUCUGGGUGAUGAAUCAGAUGCAAGAAUAUAUGGUGUUGAAGAAAAUAGGCAUGUUACAAUUGAUGACUAUGUGUUCGAUGAGAGUCAAGAGGCAUACGUACAAACUCAACAGGAUCAUUCAACCAAUGCUCCAUCAUCUAAUAGUUAUAUGUCUUUCCCCUCAUUUGAGACCAUGACCCGAGCUGAUGUUCAAGAAAAGAUUUAUCUUCGCACGAAUUCUAUUACUGGAAUUGCAACUGAUAUUCGAGAAAUGUUUAAGUUGAUGGAGAAAAGGGAAAGAGAUAGAGAGAAAAAGGAAAUGGAGGACAAGAACAAUAUCUGGGAUGCUAUUAAAGAGAUUCCUAAUUUGGAUAAUCACACUCGCUACAAAGCACCUGCUUUUAUUCAUAAGUUUGGAAUGAAAGAUGCCUUUUUGAAAAUAUCACAUGAAGAGCGUUAG